CACACUUGGUACGCAUUGUAUCAAUAUCUGUAUAGGGUUGGUGAUUGGUGCACCCGUGACCCGUACUUGGGAGUUGGGUUUGCCGCGCCUCACGUUAGCACGCCAUACAACGAGCACCUAGACGGCAUCAUCGUCACGUCUGCUUUAUUUCACGUUUCCUGAACAUGUUGGGGCAGGGGAAGGGGGGAGGCAGAGAGAUGGCGUGCGCACCGCCACCGCGGUAAACGUGCCGAAGAGAAGCGUCCAGUCCGGAGAUCUUUCGCUCGCUCACACUCUCACACAGACAGUCCACUGCCAUCUGUGCACUAGGAGACACCUCUGUAACCCGAGUGAAGUGUGCUGUCUAGGCCUCGUCUACUUCGUCCUGAGUUUUCGAGAAAUUUAUUAAUUUGACGCAAUGGCACGUACUAAGCAAACAGCCCGUAAAUCCACGGGAGGAAAAGCACCCAGGAAGCAGCUCGCCACUAAAGCUGCACGUAAGAGCGCACCGUCGACCGGAGGUGUCAAGAAGCCUCAUCGUUACAGGCCGGGUACUGUAGCUCUUCGUGAAAUCAGAAGAUACCAGAAGUCAACCGAGUUGCUCAUCAGGAAAUUGCCCUUCCAGCGUCUUGUGCGUGAAAUCGCUCAGGAUUUUAAAACCGAUCUCCGUUUCCAGAGCGCGGCCAUCGGUGCUCUGCAGGAGGCCAGUGAGGCGUAUCUCGUCGGUCUCUUUGAAGACACAAAUUUGUGCGCCAUCCACGCCAAGAGAGUGACCAUCAUGCCGAAGGACAUUCAGCUGGCUCGGCGAAUCCGAGGAGAGCGUGCUUAAAUGUCGUUCAACACAUAUUAUAAUACAUUUAUAACUAAUAUUAUUAUCGAUAGUUUGAUCUUGAUAUUACUAUUCAUAAUAAUGGAUGGAAGUGUACAUUCAUUCCAAUCCACGUAUUGUGUUGCGUGUAAUUAUAACUUUGGCAUAAGCAUUAGUACAUUCACUGUUUACCUUAGAUAGUAACUUUAAAGCUGAAAAUGACACUUGCUUUCUUUUUAAUUAAAAUCAUUUUAAAAUUUUCAAAAAGUAGUACAUGGUAACAUCAGUACUACCUCUAUUAUAGAUUUACAAGAAGAGUAGUCAUCUAAUAAUUAUUCAAACUUCAUUGGUUACAAAUUAUGAUAUAUGAAAACAAGUUUGUUUGUAGCAGAUCACUCUAAGUAUUAAAAUAGACAUUCAUUAUAAAAAAAAUUUUAAUUUUAGUAUAAAAUAUCAUCAUCGUUGUGCAACUGUCAUCCUUAAACCAAGUAUAAUUAAUUUAUAAUGUGUAUGCUUAUAUGAAUAUGUAUGUUUGUUAGUGUUCAUAUUCAUAUAUUUAUUCACAAAAGAAUAAAAAAUGUGCUCUUAGAGAAUAAGGUCUCUUUUUUUAUAGCGAAAAUUACAUAAAUGGACUUUGUCAAUCAAACCCAUUGUCCUUUAUGUUAAAAAAACGCAUUUCAUAAAUAAAUCAUUUAAAA